AUGAAUAAAUCGGCAGAAAAAAAUAGUAACCGCAGGAUGAACCAGCCAGCUGACAUAAAAUACCAAUUUACGAAAACGAAAAUUUGUAAACACUUCCUAGAAAACAGAUGUAUGAAUAAAGACAACUGCAACUAUGCUCAUGUGCUGGAAGAAUUAAGACCUCUACCCAACUUAGAAAAUACGAAAUUGUGCAAAAGCGUUAAGAAAAAAAUUCCUUGCUGUAACCCUAACUGUAAAUAUGCCCACAAAAUUGAGAAGUUGCAACCAAGUACUGAUCUGGCUACCUACAAAACUACUCUUUGUUAUUUUUGGAGAAAGAAAAAAUGUAUGAAUCAGGAUAAGUGCAGAUUUGCUCAUGGUAUUGAAGAAAUUAGACCUUUACGGAUAUCAAAUGAAGGAAAAACAGAAACGGAAUUUCCUGCCCUUUCUGAUGUUCAUUCAAGUUUAGGAAUACAACACCACCACCAGGGCAAUCCAACGGCCAGACGAACAAAUGGGGAGAUCAUUUCUCCUGGCAAAAAAUGGGGCAGAAAGUGGGGUCGUAACGGGGGCAAAAUGUGGAGAAAAGAUGCAAGUAGAAGUGGGAACAUGCGUCAAAGCAAAACGUGGAACGAAGAUAUCGGCAAUAUGUGGGAAGCCCGUAGAGAUAUACUGAGGGGAAACCAUGGAAUCAACCUAUUGGAAGAGUCGAGUGACAGUAUAUGGAGCAACGAGCGAGCCCUUAAUGGAACCACUGACCGCACAAAUAUGCCAGAUGACGAACGAACCAACCAAAGAUACGACUUCCUAUUCGAAGAAGAAAGUGUUCCAGAUAUCCUGUCCAACAUACACCUAUUCGAGAACAUCCCAGUGAUGGAAAAUGGUUUAUUCAAACUGAAUGAUAAUUUUCUAAAUAUAUGUAAUGGAGUCAACUUGGACAUCGACGCGCUUUACACACCCCCAGGAAAAAAUUAUUCUAGCGACUACGCGAAGAAAGAAUCGGAAGAGAACAACAUUGGGGAAAAUUCCAUUUUAGAUAUGAAUUUUUUGAACUUGGAUUAUCUUAACGAUGAGGAUGAAGUUUCAGAACAUGAAUUAUUCAGGGGGAAUGGUCUUGACAUUAAUCUGCAGAACCAUCAGACCCUAAAUAUGACAGUAAAUCACGACUCCUAUAUGAAUGGAAGUUAUGACGCAAAAAUGUGGAGUGAGGAGGAGAUGGUUAACAGAAACUAUGGAAUAAGUGAAGGGAGACAUCCCGAAAUAACGCAAAGUAGCAAUAAUAAUGUGUUUUCAGAUACAAGUCGAAAUGCAUGCGAAAAUAUACGUGUCAAAGAUUCGAGUGGGAAUAACCAACAAAAGAAGGAUAGAAAUGACGGAACAAUUUCCAACGAAUCUAAUAUCUUCAAUUCGGAAUCGAUCGAAGACUUGUUUUCAUUUGGUGCUACUUCCUCCGAGCAACUGUUCAGCGACUCUGAAUUUUUUGCUAAAUGGUGUAAAAGUAUGGAAGAUACAGAUUCGAAAAAUUUUAAUAACUUAUGUUUAUUCUAG